AUGCCCUCUCACAGACCCACUCCUUCACUCCCUCUCGUUCUCCUCUCUCUGUCUCCCAUUCUCUACCCUUCUGUUUAUGCGGCCACCAAUACGACCUUCGACGACGCGCACCCGAGCUUUGCUUUCUCCUCGCACUGGAAGGCCGUCUCGCCUGCCUUCCCGUGCACCGGCUGCCUCACACAGCCCGACCCCGCCCAGACGUUAGACGGGACAUGGCACGAUGGGAAUGUUUUCGCGACCGCGACGGACGUGCGCUGGGGCUCGUUCACCUUCACCGGCCACGCAGUGUAUAUAUACGGCAUUGACGAGCUCAACUCGGAGCCGGACAUCGUCUUUACACUUGACGGUGCGGCGGCAGGCACGCACCACUACGCGGGGCCAGGGGCCGGGACAGUCUACCAUGCACUUUAUUUCGCCAGGACGGGUCUGAGCGAGGAGACACAUACCGUGUCAUGGGAACUGCGGUAUAACACGGCGUCCGGGGUCGACCAGCAGGUUGCGCUGUUCGACUAUGCAAUGGUGACGACUGGGGCGGAGGCGGGCGGCGGGGGCGGAAGUGGAAGUGGAAGUGUUGGUGGGGCGGAGGCGGGCGGCGGGGGCGGAAGUGGAAGUGGAAGUGUUGGUGGGGGCGGAGACGAGACAUCAACUCCUACAAAGCCAGAAGAGUCGGUAUCUGCGGGGAGCGGAAGCGGGCAGUCUCUCGCGAACCACUCAGCAACGCCGGUGACUUCUGUGGACCCCCGAUCCAGCACAAAAGCUGGGCUGAAUCCGGGGCUGAGCGCUUCCACCAAUAUCGGGCAGAAGUCACUCCCGUCGACCGCAAUUCCCCCAUCCCUACCUUCCAAUCCCGAGUCUGCCGCCUGUGUAGGGCGUAACCGGCUGGGGACGAUACUAGGCACCAUAUUCGGUGUUAUCGUCCUCAUCGCGCUGCUACUGGGACUCUUCCUCAGGCGCCGGUUUCAGAAGAAGAACAAGACAUCGGCCCCGCCUCCUGUUGAAUCGUUUCUCGCCGAGGCAGUGCGGGACGAACCGCGUUGGGAGUGGGAGAAAGGGCCGUCCCGCGGCUUAUCGCUCAUGCGGGUCUCCCUACCAGCCUCCCCUCUCGCAAUUUCGCCCUCUACCGUAACCAUGGGCAGCGGCGUUUUCUCGAAUACGCCAUCGUCGCAGUCCCCGCCAGCGCCAGCAAUUACGGUGCCGCCCGCCAUGGCACAUGUACAGACAGAGCGGGAACGUCUGCUGGAGGCACGUGUGGCCGAACUGGAAGGGGAUAUGCAGCGAUAUCGCGAUGGCAAUGGGGAAGUGGAGCGGGAAGAGCAGCCGCCGCCGUAUAUGGGCCGUGUGUCCCAGUAG